AUGGCUUUGCUACUUAGGUUGAGCUUGGCCAAAGCAGUAGGUCUAUUCUGUUGGAUGCAACUAAAAAGAACACACCUACGGGGGCGGAGGCAUAGGGGAAAUAAAAGAUCUAAGUUUUUUUUAUCUCGCUGGUUUUCUGUCCAAGACAGAGCAGUCGCAGCGAACCUCCCUGCUCCAUGGCCAUCUGAAUCUCUUUCCCUUUCACCAACGUCCACGGCUCCUCCGACCAAUAUCCAGCCUCCCACAGCCACACCAGACUACAGCCGAAGCCGCCAGCCCCAUCGCAGGCAACCGAACAUAGCCACCACGGGCAGCCCCUCCCUACUGUAUGCUGAGUCUUCCAGGCACCAGCUGGCUCGUGAGAACCACCGUCACUGUCGCCGUCUCCCGGCCACUUGUCCCUUUAUGGCUCUCCCACAACCGUCACCGUCGCCGUCUCCCGGCCACUUGUCCCUCCACGGCUCUCCCACAGCAGCAGACAGCAGCAGAUACCAGUGUCCCUCCAGCAGACCACCCACCCUCUCCUCUGCUCCUACCAGCAACUCCUCACCCAAGCCCCACGCCUGCUGCUCUUCACCGUUUCUGUUCCAGACACAGGCUACAGCACUAACUCUCGCUCAAUCCCUCCUCACCUCAGACUCUCAGAGCUCAGAUCUCACACACCCACGUAAAUCGCAAUAAAUAAUUGAUUAGCCUCGGGUGGAGUAUGGUUGGAAGAAUUGAAACAUCCAAUAGUGCUUUAAUUCGGGUUAAUUGAAGUAAUGUAGCAGUUUUGUGCAGCUUUGGUAAUUGGUCAUAACUUUGACUCGGUUGUCCAAUUUAUACAAACUUGGUUGCAUUUCAAAGAAGACUUCAAGACCUACAAAUUUGCAUUUCAUGAGAAAGUCCAAAUUACAAUGUUUAGCCUUCCAAACUUGAGUUAGAAGAAAGGUGAUGAGAUUAAACAAUAAAUUUCAACAUCACAAGGAGUGCAACUACCAUUUUGGUAGGUGAAGGUGUUGUUGGUAGGUGAAGGUGUGUGUGUAGGUAUAGGAGUGUAACUAAUAAAUUGUGUUAGGUCUUGGAGUGGAAGUAGUAGUUUUUCAACCUAUAAAUAAGAGGCUUGUGUUAGCCUUAAAAAAAAAAGGAAGAACCUCAUUUUCUUGUAUCGAGCAACCUUAUUUUCUUGUAUUCUCUCUCAUUUCCUUAUAAACAUUCGGAAGUUUUUA